AUGUAGGUCAGAGGUGGGAUACUCUUGUUUUUCACUUCCAGUACUACAAAAAAUAAAGUAGAAUAUAAAAGGAGGCUGGGGAUGGGGCAUGUAGCUUGGUGGUAGAGUGCUUGUACAGCAUGUGUAAAGCCCUAUUUCAAACCCCAGUACUGAAGGAAAAAAAAAAUUUAAUGAAUCUACAAGAAUCAGAAAUCCACAGCUACAAUUCCUCAACAACCCUGGGACCAGAAAGCCUAGUUCAGAAGAUUCACACAGCCUGAGAUUUUUUUCUUUGGUAUCGGGGAUUGAAUACAGGGGUGCUUAAUCACUGAAUCAGAUCCCCAGCCCUUUUUAUUUUUGAUUUUGCGACAGGGUCUCAGUAAAUUGCUUAGGGCCUUGCUAAGUUGCUGAGGCUGGACUGGAACUUAUGAUCCUCCUGCCCAAGCCUCCCGAGUUGCUGGGGUCACAGGUGUGCACACAGCCUGAGAUCUUUUGAAUCAAUUAAACAUACCAUGUGUGCAGGGCUGAUGUGUGUGUUGGGCAGGGUGAGCACAUGGCUGAGGGGCUAGAAGGGCAGGCACUGGAAUCCAGCUUCUACUCCACUUUUCAAGAUUAACAUGCCAGGGUUGGGUGGACCUCUAAUAAUGGGCAAAAAGUUCCCUGUGCCUCAUGGGAAGCCAAGAACAUUGUAGACCCUAGUCAGAGAUAGUCUAGAAUCUACACAAUUCUCACUCUUGGCCUUGAGUUCCUGAGUUGGGAGAAGAGAAUGUCCUCCUUCAUUCACUCCAGAAUUCGUCCUCAUUGCCAGCUCUGGGAGCCCUGGGGAUUCCUUAGAUUUCUUUCUUCUUUCUUUCAGACAAUGAGAAAUUUAUAUUAAGCUUUAAUUUUGACUUCUUUUUACUGACCUCAUUAUUAACCUGGUUAGAUCACUUUGGCUACCCAGCAAUUUUUGUCAAACUAAGACCAGAAAGAUGAGACCUACAUUUUUAUAAACAGAUGUAUGUAUCUAUGGCCUCACAGUGACACAGGGACGGGCCCUGCUGUACAUACCUACAUCUAUUAUGCAUCCCUCUGUAUGCACAGACUCAUGCAGAACAUGGAUUUACACACAGAAGCACAACACUCCUAAAUCCUGUGCAGACCUGCAUUCACCAGUGAGGAAAAUGUAGAUCCUGAAACAUGCAUUCUAGGUAGAAGGCAAAUUGUCCAAGAGAAAAGCCUUUGUUAGCACAAUGGUCAAGUCCUGGGUGGGGAGUGGUCCACACCUUCAGACGUGUCUCUCUUCCUCUGUGACCUGUCAGGACACCCCUUCCUCUGUAGGCUGCCCAUGGGAUGAAAAAUAGAGGAAAAUACCUUGAUAGAGAACAUGGGAUCUUGCUGCGUUGCUCGCGACUAAAACACUCAGGGUCACUUCAGGGGGAACUGGGCUUCGUGAAAUAACCACACAUAAGACAGAAAUACCUUUUUCUUUGGGGGUACUGUGACGGUUCCUCUGACCUUAAGGGUCUGAAGAAAGAGAGCCCACACGUGCUGACCCUUUUUAUUGAGAAGACAUUCAAAUGAGGCAAAGGGUCAGGUUUCAAGGGGCUGAGUCAAGCUUCACAAUGUCUGCUGUCAGCAGGUUGGCUGACAUCUAGGAAGGCCACACCCAAGGGCAGAGUAAGAGAAGGGGACACACAAAGGGCGUUUCCAUGGAACAUUCUAUCCCAAACAGGGCAAGGGGAACAGGUAAGCAUAGCUUGACCCAUGGAGCUGCAGGAAAGUGGGCCUACGCAUGAAGACACAUUUGGUGGCAUUAUUUCUACCCUCAAGAUCGGGCUACCGUCUUCAGCAACUUAAGAGUAGCCAGAUCAUUGGGGGGAUGACCCGCAGUGCCUCAACUGAUCAGGAGGGAAAAACACUGGUCACAAGAGGUGACAGCCUCCCACCGGAUCUGAUUUGAGUUUGCUUCUAACAGGAACCCUUAGUGUGUUACUGGGAAAAUCACCUAACCUCUUUGAUCUCCCAACUUCCCCAGCUUUAUUUUUCUUCUUAUUAAUUAUUAUUAUCAUUUCAUCUCUUUAACUUGUUAUUGUUGUUUUGAGGUAGUAGGAAUUGAACUCAGGGCACUCAACCACUGAACUCUGUCACCCAGCCCUUUUUAUCUAUUUUUUUUAUUUUAUUUAAUUAAAAAAAUUUUUUUAUAGUUGUAGAUGGACAGAAUGCCUUUAUUUUAUUGUUAAUUUUUAUAUGGUGUUUAGGAUCGAACCCAGUGCCUCAUGCAUGCUAGGCAAGCGCUUUGCCACUGAGCUACAGCCCCAGCCCUAUUUUUUUAAUUUGAGACAGGUUCUUGCUAAGUUGCUGAGGCUGGUCUUGAACUUACAAUCCUCCUGCCUCAGCCUACUAAGUCACUGGGAUUAUAGGGGUGCACCAGGGCACCUGGAGCCUUACUCCCUCUCUUCUUUAAAACAAGAUUGGCAAAUUACAUGAGUGCUUCCUAAACUCUUCCCUCCCAAGGACUAUUGCCACUUCUUGUCCUACAUUCCCCGACCCAAUGGCUCUCUCAUGGUUUAGAAGUUUUUGCCUACUAACAAGCUUCACUUAGCUACUAAUUUUUUUGUUUUUUGUUUUCUAGUUUAAAAACUUUGUGUGUGUGUGUGUGUGUGUGUGUUUGCUGGAGAUUGAACCCAGAUCCUUGUCCAUGCUCAGCAUGUGUAUAGUUCAAAUUUUAAACAGAGAUUUAACUAAGUAUGCACUGAAAAGAUAAUAAUACAAUUAGUCAAGCCAAGAACUAAUUUCCCUACAGACUCCUCUCUUCCUGGGGAUGUGACCCAGGGUUUUACACAUACUAAAAGGUGUUUGCCACUGAGCCCCACACUGUCCCCAGUCUUAAAGGAUAUUAGAUACUUUCUGGUGGAUCAAGAUUCAGUCCAAGACAUAGAUCCUCCCUGCAUGCUCUCUUGGACUCUCCCUGAGGCUCUGUGGCUUCUCUUCUCUCCCCACCUGACCUCAGCCUGGACCAGGUGGGAUCUCCAUCCUAGAUUCCUUCUGCCCCUUCCACUAGCUUCUCCUCACUUCUAUAACCCAGUUCAUCCCCUCUUCUUUUUUUAUUUUUUUAUUUUUUUUAGUUGUACAUGACACAAUACUUUUAUUUUAUUUAAUUACUUUUUUAUGUGGUGCUAAGGAUAGAAUCCAGUGCCUCACACAUGCAAGGCAACCACUCUAUCACUGAGCUACAACCCCAGCCCUCAUCUACCCCCUCUUUUUUUUCCACCCCCUCUUUUUAACCCCAAACUUUUUCCUGCCUCUUUCCAAAGUCUCCCAAACUGUCAAGCUAAUAAAGGACAUUACUUAUCUAGGCCUGCAGCCCAUCUGAUACUGGUAUUCUCUCCUAGCAUAACCAACCUGUGCUUUUCUGAGGCGUGUUAAAUCACAAACAACAUGUCUAGUCUACCUUACUAGAGAGCUCAGCUCUUGGUAUGUUCCAGGUUUCUAUCAAUCCUUUUUGGGGAGCUUUUACUGCUCAUCACUUCCUGGUUACAAUCAAAUGAGCAUCCUAAAAGCCACACAGUCACAAUGAGUGAACUCUGACCUGGCAGGAUUUCUCAAAUGUCCUCCUGCCCUACUGACAGGAGUCCUUGGGGUAGGAAGAAGAGUGAUUCUGCUACUUUUUUUUUUCUGAAAGUCUUUUGGUUUGACUUAAUAUUCCAUGAGCAUUUUGUGUUUUCCUGCACAAGAGGUCCUUAUUGUUUAACUCAUAUGAAUAAGAUCAAGCAACAUUCAUGUUACAGGAAGAUGUGCACGCCAUGACUUCCGGUAUCUGCAGGAGGCUCUGAGUAUCUCAGUUGGAGAAACAUGAGCCUGAAGCAAAAAGUCCCACUUUCCCACCUUCCAGAGCAGGGGCUGAUGGGGCAGAAUGGGACCUGGUAGAAGUCUUUCCAAAGUCUAUACUAAAAUGACAGUUAUAUAAGAUGACAAGAAAGGGAUGAUGAUCCCCACAUGACAGAAGAGGAAAAGUCAGGCUUCAAAGAAUGAUUUCAGUAAAGUCACAGUGUCACAACCAGUUUUUGAACAUAGGUCUUUCAGACUCCAGGGUCUGUCUUCUGUCUUGCUAACCAGAAACCUCCACGGCUCCCAUCUCCGCUUCUACCUGGUAUAGAUCAGCCACUCUAGCUUUGCUCUACCUCAAAGAGGCUACGUGACUUUUGGCAGGCUUCCCUGGGCCUCACUUCGCUUAUCUCAAAUAAGAGGUUAAAUCCAGGUCUGGUGGCUCUGGCCUGUAAUCCCAGCUCCUUGGGAGGCUGAGGCAGGAGGGUUGCUUGAGCCCAGGGGUUAGACUCUCUCUCCAAUAAAUGAAUAAAUAAAUAAACUCAGAGGCUAAUCUGAUAGUUUCUAAGACCUUUACAGGUGGGAGAAUCUGUGCACUGAUCUUCUGCAUAUUAGUUGACAUUUAUUAAUAAUAACUAGCUCUCAGUGCUGAGUGGCUUUCAGGCAAAUAAAGCACCCUUCAUCAAAGGGGUGGAAGAGGCAGUAGGACUCAUGCAUAAAUCAGUAAUCAUGGAACUCAGUGCCUGAGCACUGAGUAGAAUGAUGCACUGAGACCGUGGUCUGAGUAGAAUGAUCCAGGGGCCUGGGGGGAUAGGAGAACAAAGAACAAUGGAAGGGCUCCACAGAGUAGGUGACUUUUGAGUUGAACCUUGGAGGUGAAGUUCAAGUUCAGCAGGUAGACAGGCUGUGUGUGUGUGUGUGUGUGUGUGUGUGUAGCUAAACAGAUUGAGAAGGUGGAGUUGUUCUUGAUAUUAAACGGUCUUGAAUGCAAGGUAAAUUAUACUUUAUCGGAGGACUAGUGUUUUCCAAGCAGUUCUGAGGAGCAGUCCCUGGGGAAGGAUGUUUUCCAUCCAGUCAUCUUCAGAGGGAGGCUCCCACUCUGACUUGGGCAGACAGCUCUUCUUUUACCUGCUGUGUCUAUGUAGUUCUGCUUGAUUUCAUCUGACAAAAAGUUUCCGCUGCUAAAACAGGCAAACAAACAAAAAAGUUCUGGCCAACAAGGCCGCUGAAGGGUUCUCUGCUGGUGAGAAGAAAAACCCUAUUAGAAGGAACCCUCUGAAGGAGAUUGUGUGGGUGUGGGUAUGGGGGAGGGCAGAGGCCUGAGGGUGACUUUUGGAAGCCAAGUUCUCUCACCAGCUUCCUUAGUUGGGAGGAAAAUUGUGAUUAGGAGAGGGGCAUCAUCUUCUCUGACAGAGGAGAAUCUGAUCAAAAACUUAGGUCUCCCUCAAGGCUUGGUAAAGUGUGUGACCUCUGGGAGGUAGUCCUCCAACUUGGAGACUGGCAGAGGGUGGGGAGGCAGGAAGUGGGUAACUAGACUGACAAAGGUGCUUGUGGCGGUUUGCCCAUCCCAGGUGGGGGGCGGAGCACAGGCGAGGCAUAGGCCUGGUGUCAAUGUACUUGUGGCCUGAGGGCUCUGAGGGGACACCAGUCAGGAACCCUCAUUUCAGCUCUUCUGUGGCUGGUGAAUGGGGGUCCGGCGGCCGUCGACUGUCUCAGGGACCAUGGGCUGUACCUGCAGCUCAAACCCUGAAGAUGACUGGAUGGAAAACAUCGAUGUGUGUGAGAACUGCCAUUAUCCCAUAGUCCCUCUGGAUGGCAAGGGCACGUUGCUCAUGAGGAAUGGCUCUGAAGUACGGGACCCACUUGUCACCUAUGAGGGCUCCAACCCACCAGCCUCUCCACUGCAAGAUAACCUGGUUAUCGCCCUGCACAGCUAUGAGCCCUCUCACGACGGAGACCUGGGCUUCGAGAAGGGUGAACAGCUCCGUAUCCUGGAACAGAGCGGCGAGUGGUGGAAGGCGCAGUCCCUCACCACAGGCCUGGAAGGUUUCAUCCCUUUCAACUUCGUGGCCAAAGCGAACAGUCUGGAACCCGAACCCUGGUUCUUCAAGAACCUAAGCCGCAAGGACGCUGAGCGGCAGCUCCUGGCGCCCGGGAACACGCACGGUUCCUUCCUGAUCCGAGAAAGCGAGAGCACAGCUGGAUCAUUUUCACUGUCGGUCCGGGACUUCGACCAGAAUCAGGGAGAGGUGGUGAAACAUUACAAGAUCCGUAACCUAGACAACGGCGGGUUCUACAUCUCCCCUCGCAUCACUUUUCCCGGAUUGCAUGAACUGGUCCGCCAUUACACCAAUACUUCUGAUGGGCUGUGCACUAGGUUGAGCCGCCCCUGCCAGACCCAGAAGCCCCAGAAGCCGUGGUGGGAGGACGAGUGGGAGGUUCCCAGGGAGACGCUGAAGCUGGUGGAGCGACUGGGGGCCGGCCAGUUCGGGGAGGUGUGGAUGGGGUACUACAACGGGCACACGAAGGUGGCAGUGAAGAGCCUGAAGCAAGGCAGCAUGUCCCCUGACGCCUUCCUCGCUGAGGCCAACCUCAUGAAGCAGCUGCAGCACCCGCGGCUGGUCCGGCUCUACGCGGUGGUCACCCAGGAGCCAAUCUACAUCAUCACCGAAUACAUGGAGAAUGGGAGCCUGGUGGAUUUUCUCAAGACCUCCUCGGGCAUCAAAUUGACCAUCAACAAACUCUUGGACAUGGCAGCCCAAAUUGCAGAGGGCAUGGCAUUCAUUGAAGAGCGGAAUUACAUCCACCGUGACCUGCGAGCUGCAAACAUCCUGGUGUCUGACACCCUGAGCUGCAAGAUUGCAGACUUUGGCCUAGCACGGCUCAUUGAGGACAAUGAGUACACAGCCAGGGAGGGGGCCAAAUUUCCCAUUAAGUGGACAGCACCAGAGGCCAUCAACUACGGGACAUUCACCAUCAAGUCAGAUGUGUGGUCUUUCGGGAUUCUAUUGACGGAAAUUGUUACCCAUGGCCGUAUCCCUUACCCAGGGAUGACCAAUCCUGAGGUGAUUCAGAAUCUGGAACGAGGCUAUCGCAUGGUUAGGCCUGACAACUGUCCAGAGGAGUUGUACCACCUCAUGAUGCUGUGCUGGAAGGAGCAUCCAGAGGACCGACCCACCUUUGACUACCUACGCAGUGUACUGGAGGACUUCUUCACGGCCACAGAGGGCCAGUACCAGCCCCAACCUUGAUAUUGAUAGGCCUACCUGGCUUGAGGCUUUUCCCCAUCUGGCCACGCUGGCUUGGGAAGUUGGGGUUCUUGUGCCACGUUCACAUGACCUAUGCACUUAUGGACUUUAUACAUGAAUCUCACCCACAUGUGACACAUGUGUAUUGUGUGUCAUAUGCAUAUCCCAUAGUUGUGUGGGUUCUACAUAUGUCUUGUACAUGUAUAAUCUGUGCACAUAUGUUUUGGAGACGAUGAUCUAAAGGUCUCUUUCUAGACACUCCCAUUUUCUGAGACCACAGAGGGGGAAAAGAAGCUUAUGAUUGACACCUGCUUCUGUCUACCUCUUUUCUUUCUCUGGUCCAGAAGUUCCUUGCAGCCUGGGACCUUAUCUGAUACCUUUUGUACUCCUCCUCAGGGCCUGGCACACAUCAGGAGCUCAAUAAAUCUCAGUUGAUGAAGGUUGUA